AUGGGGGGGAGGGAGGCGGAGGGACGGGCAGAGCCGGAGGGGAGUCCGGGGGUGGCCGAGACCUGCGGGGAGAUGAGGCAGAGCGGGGGGGGGGUCAGGCGGUUGCGGCCCCCCCGGAUCGUGCCCGGUUCCCCCCCGAGCCCCCCGGGCCGGCGCUCACCGGCGCGGCCCCGCAGAGCCGCCGCUGCUGGUGCACAGGUCACGAGUGGGGCAGAGCUCAGCCCGGCCUGCACCGGGGGGCGGCAGAGCAGGGGUCACGUCCCUCUGUCCCCGCGGGCCACCAGCGGCCGUGGGGAGCAGGGUCGGGAGCAGGACCCCCCUCCCGGCGCGGUGACCCCCGGCUGCGCCGGGGCCGAUGGCUGCGGCACCGCGGUGACUUCACCGCCCGCCUCGCGCAUUGGCUGCGCCCGCCGCCGCCACGGCACCCCGGACCCCCCCGGCACCGACACUGGCACCUCGGACCCCCGUGUGACAGCCACCGGCACCCCCGGACUCCCCCGUCACAACCAUCGGCACCCCCAGACCCCCCCCGUCGCCUCCACGGCACCCCCAGACCCUCCCUCAGCCAUCGGCACCUCCGGACCCCCCCUCAGCCACCGGCACCCCCGGACCCCCCGUCACAGCCACGGCACCCCCGGAGCCCCCCGUCACCGAUACCGGCACCACCAGACCCCCUUGUCACAACCAUCGGCACCCCUGGACCCCCCCAUUAUUGCAAUCGACACCUCCAGCCCCCCCUCGUCACUGCCACCGGCACCCCCGAACCCUCCCUCGCCGAUAUCAGCCCCCCUGGACGCCCCUCAGUGCCACAGCACUCCCAGGCCCCCCUCAGCCAUCGGGCUGUCCCCCUGCCCAGAGCUGCCCAGAGUGUCCCAGGGACAGCAGGGGGACAGGCAGAGUGAGAGGGGUCACAAGGAGGGGGAUGGUGGAGUCGUUCCUCAGUUUCCCCAGCUGGAAGAGGUGUCAUAA